AUGUCCGCAACGCAAACACGCACUCCCUGGCCUGCCCUCGACCGUAUCGACGCAGUGCCAGGCCUGUACAUCUCAGAGCAAAUUUUCUCGUCUUAUCCUCAACUGAUAGCUAGGUGUGCGGCGCCAGGAACGACUGCAGCUGCAGGCGUGCAGCCAGGGCUCAAACCGCAGUAUCAGAUCCAGCGAAAACAGAUCGAGCUCGAAGACGAUCCCACGGAAGAUUUACUUGGCUGUCUGAAUAGUCUUGGUGCGCUGCGAACGGGGCAUUUCGUGCUCGGGGGCUGUGAUAGUCGCUUAUAUAAUGCCAAACCUAGUUCUUCCGUACAGAACCGCCCUCAAAAUCGCCCAGCUUUCACGGCCACAGAUCUCGCCGAACAUCGGAUUUCAGUGGCAGCUGCGGGUGUGGGAGUGUUGCGGAUAAUGAUAAAGCGCAAGGCCGGCUAUGAGCAGUGGGUUGAUGUGGUCGAUAAGAUCUAUGACCGGGCUGAUGUCAUGGAACUGGUGCGUGCGAAGGAGGACUAUCUGAGGAAUUUGGCGGAGAUGUUGGAAGGUUUGGGGUGA